AUGAAUAUUGACAUCGAAAAGCAUCGCGAGGAAGCUAUGAAGCUGAUGGACGCUGCGAUUAUAAGAAAUGCCUACUACUACAAUGGGUUGGACCAAGCUACUAUAUUUAGGGUGUGGGAGAAGUUCAACGACCGAAGGAAGUUGAAGCAGCUAUACCUAGGCUUUGCUGCGGCCGACGCCAAGGCCAGGCAUGACACCAAACACUGGCGCGUUGAUUUCAACAUCGGCGACGCCGUAUAUCUUCGACUGCGUAAAGGAUGUACAUUUCCAGGCAAAGACCUGUACAACCGGCGUCGGCCACAAACCGGUCGGAUACUCGUCCACGGCGAUGAUGACGAGAGGAAUUCAUUUGAGAUCAGCCAGCUCAUCAAGAGAAGAGUCAACAAGGCCGGGGAGCGACCGACAUUGGAAUACCACGAGUCACCUGGUCGCUUGUAGGGGGGGGGAGUGGUGGGCGACGCUGAUGCUAUUGUUGUGGCCAACACGCGCCUACUAUAUAAAUAUAUCAUGUUUUUAUGUAUUUUUACUUUUGAUGCUAUCUUCUGCCUUGGUGCCAUUGUCUGUAGAAGCUGACUGGGGAGGGAAUAUCAGAGAAGGAAUCGAGGUAUUUCUCAAUUUACCGUACCCAAUAGACAGAUGCUGUUCGCUAUGUAGAGAAAUCAUAUCAAUCGUCCCACUGGCACAGCCGUGAUUCAUUCCGCACUGAGUAAGAAACGACAAGAAAACCCCUAGCUCCACACAAUAUACCGAGGAAAUGCCCAAUCAGUAUGGAGAUGCGACCAUUCUCA